AUGCCCAUGAUGCUCGCAGCAUUUCCACGCUGGAUCACCACGGACAGCCUUUGCACAAGGAACGACUCGGAGCGGGGGCCUUCCCCUUUCCACGGGGGCAUGGUCCUCCUUAACUACGUCGUAUCCGCGUCUGAAGUGGCGCUCUUGCCCCGGCUAGUCAAACUUAUACAAGUCGCGCUAGCAGGCCUGGCAGUUCUACACUUAGGGGCUGACAACUAUCCGUCACAGGCUACUGUGCUCGAUGGCGACCAGUUCGACUUAAUCGUGGUGGGCGCGGGCUCGGCAGGGGCGGUGAUCGCAGCGAGGCUCUCGGAGAUAGCUGGCCGCUUUGACUUCAUCGCAGCGAGGCUCUCGAAGAUAGUUGGUUGGAAGAUACUGAUGCUCAUCGAGGCUGGUGACAACCCACCUGUCGACUCUGUUAUUCCUGGCUUGUUCCCUUUUGUAGACUAUUCUAUGGCUGACUGGAAUUACUACAGCGAAGAUGACGGGUACUCCUGCCAAGCUCACAAAACGAAAACUGUCCAUAUCACCCGAGGCAAGAUGCUAGGGGGCUCCAGUGGAGCCAACUAUAUGUAUUACGUGCGGGGGAACAAGGGUGACUACGAGAACUGGGUGAGCCAGGGAGGCAUCGGUUGGGACUGGGACAACGUGACACAUUACUUCAAAAAGAGCGAAGGACUCAAAAGUCCUGAAAUCCUGGCGGCCGGAUCAGCCGACCUGCACAACACUGAGGGCCCCUUGGGAGUCUCACUUCUAAAAUGGGAUGAAGAAACUAUGAAUACUCUUAACUCUUAUCUAAGCGCUUUUGGCGAGAAGCAUCCAAUUCUUAUCGAUACAAACGGCCACGAGCAGAUUGGUUAUGCGCUUCCUCCUUUCACAGUUUAUGAUAAAAGACGCCAAAGCACUGCAGUGUCUUUCCUCCGCCCAAUCAAAUCUCGCGAAAAUUUAUACGUGCUCAAAAACACUUUAUGUACUAAAGUACUUUUCGAUGAAAAUCUGCGAGCUAUCGGUGUAGAGGUGAAGUUGCCUAGUAAGAAAAUGAUCAAUAUUAACGCUAACAAAGAAGUGGUAUUAUCGGCUGGUUCCAUCAACACACCCCAGUUGUUGAUGCUGUCCGGCAUCGGACCGCAACCUCAUUUGAUCGAUAUGGGAAUAGAAGUAGUGCUAGACUCGCCAUUGGUCGGUCAAAACUUACAAGAUCAUUGUUAUUAUCUCGUAAUAUUAACAGGAAGAAAAGGCUUUGAAUCAGUACCUCAGAACAUUAAAGUAUUGACGAAUUUGGAUCAAUUCCCUAUUCCUGCCAUAACGGGACAUAUUGCUCUAUCAAAUGAUAGCACAGUUCCAGAUUACCAAGCACAGGUAUACGCGGUUCCAGCGGCUACUGUAUUUAGUACUCUCGUUUGUUCUUACGUGUUUGGGUUGGAUGAUAAGAUCUGUACGGCUAUUGCAAAGGCGAGCCAGAAGCAGGAAACUCUCGUAGCUGCAUUGUCUAUGCUACAUCCCGAUUCCAGAGGGCACAUCGAGCUGAGAAGCAAAAACCCUGAAGACAAGCCUAAAAUCUUCCUUGGCUAUUACGAAAACGACGCAGACUUGGAUAAGCAUGCAAAAAUUGCAAAGCAUUAUCUGGAAGUUCUAGACAGCGAGUAUAUGAGAAGCGUUAACUCUGAGGUAGUGGAUAUAAAGGUGCCUCAAUGUGCCGAUAUAGAGUUUAACACUCAUGAGUAUUGGAAGUGCGUGGCUUUGAACACUGCCUCAACUCAGUGGUAUCCAUCGGGGACUUGUGUGAUGGGCGUGGAAGGUAAGAGCGUAGUGGACCCUGAGUUGAGGGUACGAGGAGUGACAGGGUUAAGGAUUGGCGACGCCAGCAUUAUACCGAGCCUCACUAGUGGCAACCUGAAUGCACCGGUCAUUAUGAUCGGGGAGAAGUUAGCUGACAUGAUCAAACAAACACGCGGUAAAUAA